AUGGGCCUCAUCAUGAGCAUGAUGAACAGCGUCUUCAGCCAGUUCAUGAACUUGGACGCGCGCCUCUGCAUGGUCGGCCUCGACGCGGCGGGGAAGACGACGAUCCUCUACAAGCUCAAGCUCGGCGAGGUCGUGUCGACGAUCCCGACCAUCGGCUUCAACGUCGAGGCCAUCGAGUACAAGAACCUGACGCUCACGGUCUGGGACAUCGGCGGCCAGGACAAGAUCCGGCCGCUCUGGCGCCACUACUACAGCGACACGCAGGGCGUCAUCUUCGUCGUCGACAGCAACGACCGGGACCGCGUCGCCAUGGCCAAGGACGAGCUCCACGGGCUCCUGGACCAGUUCGAGCUGCGAGACGCGACCGUGCUCAUCUACGCGAACAAGCAGGACCUGCCCAACGCGCUGCCGCCGGCCCGGCUCGUCCAGGAACUCGAGCUCAACAGCCUGCGCACCCACAAGUGGUACAUCCAGGCCUGCUGCGGCACGUCCGGCGACGGCCUCUACGAGGGCCUCGACUGGCUCGGCCAGAACGUCAAGGCGCACGCGCCCAAGUGA